UUAUUACACACCAUUAAGACACACAAUAUUAUUACAGUACAAAAUUCAGAUACAUUUAACAAAUUUAAAAGAAGAAAAGAAUACAGUCUCAAUCUCAACAGCAAAGAUAUUUAUAUAUAUUAAAAAUAUUUUUUGCAAUGAAAUAAAUUAAAAAAAAAAAUUAAAAGAAAAAGAAAGCGAUGUGAGUAAGUAUAUGUGUGACCCUAGUACGCUCCUCUUUAGUUUUCAGCUACUAUAUAUAUAGCAUCUUGAGCCGUACUAAAAUGUUGACACGACGCCACCCUAAGUCUCCAAACUCUCUCAUUCGCCACUACCAUUUUCCCACCUGGUCCCAAAUCAACUAAACUACUCUCUCUCUCUUCACUGCCAAACCCUACUCCUCCAUUGAUCUUCUUCUUCUUCUUCUUUAGCUCUUCCAUGUCACUGGCAUUUAUUUUUACAUUGUUAUAGCUUCUUUUAUUCUCUUGCCGGAGAAAUGGCAUCGGCCGCUUGCGUCAACAACAUAGGAGUUUCGGCUGAGAAUUUUCUCGACUGUCCGCCGCCUACUUCUUAUCCUUCCUAUGGAUGGCUCAGUCCUCGUAUUUCUUUCAGUCGUGAGGUUCCUGAUGAUGAUCUUUUGGGUCUUUCCGGUGCUGGUGUUGAGAAGACGUCGGAUCCGUCGUUGACGUUAGAUCCGGAGUCAUCCGUUGGUGAUUUUGAGUUUAGGCUUCACGAUCCGGUUGCUAUGCUCCCUGCUGAUAAGCUUUUCUCUGAUGGGAAGCUUGUUCCUCUGCACCUUGCUUCGAUUAAACCGUCGUGUGUUGAUGAGAUGACUUCUACGGGGGGGAUUCGGUCGCCGGAGACUGGGAAGUUUUGCCGGAGGAAUGAUAUUUCUACUACUGAUCCGUAUUUGUUUUCUCCCAAGGCGCCGAGAUGCUCGAGCCGGUGGAGGGAGCUGUUAGGGUUGAAGAGACUCUGUAAUACGAAUCAGAAGGCGGAGAGUCAGAAAACAGUGUCGUCUUCUUCGUCUUCAUUUAGCUCAAGUGCUCCCAAAUCUUUUAAGAAUUUCCUGCACCGUAGUUCGAGAUCUUCAUCGUCGUCGUCUUCUUCGUCUAACUCUUUAGAGACUUCUUUGUCUCUGCCGUUGUUGAAGGACUCGGAUUGCGAGUCCGUUUCUAUUUCGUCACGGCUCUCGCUUUCUUCAUCGUCUUCGAGCCACGAACAUGAUGAUCUUCCAAGACACUCGCUCGACUCAGACAAGCCAAAUACGAACCCGAUUUCGAUUCACCGGAAUCCAAACAACCCUCCAAGAAUGCGAAUGGUAAAACCUCGACCUGCCUCGGUCUCGUCGGAGAGCCUCAAUCAGAGACCGUUGAUAGACCAUCCAACAGCAGCCACGAGAGUGGGACGGACCCCAUUGCGCAAGUCGACAGGGGGAGAAUCAAAUGGGGUGGGAAGCAGCAGGGGAGUUUCAGUGGACAGCCCGAGAAUGAACUCAUCUGGUAAGAUUGUGUUUCAAAGCUUGGAGAGAAGCUCAAGCAGCCCAAGCAGCUUUAAUGGCGGUCCCAGAUACAAGCACCGUGGAAUGGAGCGCUCAUACUCAGCCAACGUAAGAGUAACACCGGUUCUAAACGUACCGGUUUGUUCUCUUAGAGGGUCUUCUAAAUCAGUCUCGGUCUUUGGAUUCGGCCAGCUCUUUUCGUCUCCGCAGAAAAGAUCAGAAGGAAGUGCUAACGGCGGAGCAGGAAGCAACAAAACCCACGUUCACGGUCACGGCUACGGUCACAGCUACAGUCACAGUCAUAGUCACGGCCACGGGUACGGCCAGAGUCGAAACCGGUCAGAGCGAACCUGAUUAAAACCGAACCAGAGAGCCUAGAAGUAUAUUUUAUGAGAAGCAGGGGGUAAAGCUUUCAGUAACGUUUUCCAUUUUAAUUUUAUUUUUUUCCUUGGCCCCAAUGCCCAAAACGACAUUGUUUGUCAUUAGAGAAAAAAUCUGGCUUCCCAAGUUAGAAUUGUAGGUGUAAAUAUUCUCCGAUUUUGAUUUUUUUUCUUUUUUAUUUUCUGGGUUUGUUAUUAUUAUUUUAUGCUCUUCUGAUCGUUCGUUAGCGAUGAUGGUUCUCAUGUGGUAGCUCUAACUGUUCUUUUAACUUCUAAAAUUAAAAAAAAAAAAAAGCUAAUGUUUCAUUA